GUUUCCCAAAAAUAUUUGACUGUCGGACAAAUUCAAUCACAGGCACAAUGCAGCAAACCUAUACCAAUGUUAGAUUUUAGCAAAUAUUUAUUAUUAGUUAGAUCUUAGGUUGGGGUUAGUUUUGGACAAUAUAUUAAAAUAGUCAUGGUAGAGUGGCGUCAACUCAAGCCACUGGAGUGGUGUAAAUAUGUCAACAAAAAAGUGAAAGUGACAGCGCACGAGAAACACCAAUUUGAUGGUUGGGUUUUCACCGUCGAUCCGGUAUCCGCCAGCAUUGUCCUUGUGACCUUUCAGGAGAAAGGAGGCACAGCGACUGUCCGAGUAGUGACAGGCCACGCUGUGCAAGAGGUUGAAAUCCUCCAAGAGGGCAACGAGGAGACAGCGCGGCGGCUGAGAGAUACUUUCAUGCCACUGGGGGGGCAGGUCCUCAGCUUAGAAGAACUGAGAUGCAGGAAGGAGAGCCUACGCAUGUGGCUGGAAAAGAACCGCAUUCCUGUGGAAGAGGAGGGCGAGACUCUGCGGGUAGCCAAUGUGCUGACAGUGAGCGCCCCCUACGGUGCAGAAAACUGCAGCAGCUCCAACGAGAUCAUCCUUGCCAGAGUGCAGAAUCUGAUGGAGGGCAACCCAGGUCUGACCUUGCAGCAGCCAUCCAACUCCUAAAAAGGCUUAUACUUGGUUCCUAUAACACACAGAUUAGGCUCUGCCUAGUCCUGGACUAAAAAGCAUGUCUUUCAUAAAUCUCUUUUGAGCUUUUUUUGUCAUGGGAAAGGUGUCCAUAUUUUUUUGUAGAAAAGUUAUUUUGUAAAUAAACGCACUGUGGCUUGCAAGCAUUA